GAGAGCACGCUUGGAGUGCUCUGUGUACCGUUAAGAAAAAUGCACAAACAUGCGGUCAUACCUGAUCCCGUAUCUAAAUCCAUCUAUCUUUUGCUCGAAGAUGGUACUGUCUUCCCAGGGAGACAUUUCGGAGCGGUGAAACCGGUCGACGGUGAAAUAGUAUUUCAGACCGGUAUGGUGGGCUAUCCCGAGUCACUUACAGAUCCUUCCUACCAUGCUCAAAUUUUAGUACUGACGUAUCCACUUAUCGGAAAUUAUGGAGUAUUUGAUAACGAGGUGGACGAACAUAAUAUACCAUACUGGUUCGAAUCUGAUCGAAUUUGGGCCGCUGCUUUGGUGAUCGGUGAAAUUUGUGAAACUCCGAGCCACUGGCGACAGACCAAAACGCUGUCCGAAUGGAUGAUCGAGCAAAACGUUCCUGGUAUAUACGAGAUCGAUACCAGAGCCCUGACAAAAAUUAUUCGCGAGAAAGGCACGAUCUUAGGUAGACUCGUGUUUGAUCCACCGCCACCUGUUCCCGUUCUUUCUGUGAAUCCACCGAUAGCUGAUCCGAACGAAAGAAAUCUCGUCGCGGAAGUCGUGCAGCCUGCACAAACGACGUACAAUUCCACCGGUUACCCCCGUAUAUGCGUGGUAAAUUGUGGUUUAAAGUACAAUCAACUGAGGUGUUUGAUUAGUCGAGGUUGUCGCGUCGAUGUUGUGCCUUGGAAUUACGAUCUUACUAAAGCCAAUUACGAUGGCAUGCUUCUAAGUAAUGGACCAGGCGAUCCGAGCAAGUGCGAAACAACGAUUAAAGCUAUUCGAUCCAUCCUCGAAUCACGAACAGAUAAACCAAUUUUCGGCAUUUGCCUGGGUCAUCAGUUGCUGUGUAUUGCCGCUGGUUUUGUUACGUACAAGAUGAAUUACGGAAACCGUGGCCACAAUCAACCGGUCACGCAUCAGGGAACUGGACGUUGUUACAUGACUUCGCAAAAUCACGGAUUUGCGGUUGAUGCGAGCCUGUUACCAGCCGAUUGGGAACCGCUUUUCAUCAAUACGAACGAUAAUAGCAACGAAGGUGUCGUUCAUUCGACUCUUCCUUAUUUUUCGGUCCAAUUUCAUCCCGAACACACUGCUGGUCCUCAAGACCUGGACUGUUUGUUCGAUGUAUUCCUGGACGCCGUGAUCGACGUAGCGAAUGGAAAACGCGGAGAGUCCAUGAAGCAGAGGUUGCAUGAAAAAUUGAAUUUCCCCGAAAGCAUCGGUAACUUGCCUCUGCGACCGAAAAAGGUGUUGAUUUUGGGAUCGGGUGGUCUGAGUAUCGGUCAAGCGGGUGAAUUCGACUAUUCCGGAUCGCAAGCGAUUAAAGCAUUGCGCGAAGAAUCCGUACGGACGCUGUUGAUCAACCCCAAUAUCGCGACAGUACAAACAUCUAAAGGCAUGGCGGAUAAAGUUUAUUUUUUGCCAAUAAUACCGGAAUACGUGGAGCAGGUAAUACAAUCGGAACGACCCGAUGGCGUGCUGUUAGCAUUUGGUGGACAGACUGCUCUCAAUUGCGGCGUUGAGCUCGAAAGGAACGGGGUAUUUAAAAAAUACAACGUCAAGAUUCUAGGGACCCCUAUACAAUCGAUCAUAGAAACGGAGGACAGAAAGAUGUUUGCAGAACGCAUCGCAGAGAUCGACGAGAAAGUGGCACCGAGCGCGGCAGUGUACUCUAUCCAAGAGACUUUAGACGCAGCCGAGAAACUGGGCUAUCCCGUAAUGGCCAGGGCAGCAUUCUCUCUAGGUGGUUUGGGAUCUGGUUUCGCCAAUUCCGUAGAAGAAUUGCAGACUCUCGCGCAGCAUGCGUUCACUCACUCGAAUCAGCUGAUCAUCGAUAAAUCGUUGAAAGGAUGGAAGGAAGUCGAAUACGAGGUCGUUCGAGAUGCGUACGACAAUUGUAUCACCGUUUGCAACAUGGAGAACGUGGAUCCUCUUGGUAUCCAUACCGGUGAAUCGAUCGUGGUCGCGCCGAGUCAAACUUUGUCCAACAAAGAAUACAAUAUGCUUCGAAUGACAGCCAUCAAUGUAAUUAAACACUUUGGCAUCGUUGGCGAAUGCAACAUCCAGUACGCGCUGAACCCGAAUACCGAGGAAUAUUAUAUCAUCGAAGUGAACGCGAGAUUAUCUCGCAGUUCUGCUUUAGCGAGCAAAGCGACUGGUUAUCCAUUGGCUUAUGUUGCCGCUAAAUUGGCACUCGGUAUUCGCUUACCGGAUAUCCAUAACUCUGUUACCGGAAAGACUACCGCGUGCUUCGAACCGAGCUUGGACUAUUGCGUGGUUAAAAUACCAAGAUGGGACCUCAACAAAUUUCAUUGGGUCUCCACAAAGAUCGGCAGCUCGAUGAAAAGCGUAGGAGAAGUGAUGGCGAUCGGUCGCAAGUUCGAGGAAGCUUUUCAGAAAGCUUUGAGAAUGGUCGACGAAAACACUAACGGUUUCGAUCCAUACGUGAAAGCACCGAACGACGAAGAAUUGGAGAAACCAACGGACAAGAGAAUGUUUGUUCUUGCAUCCUCCAUAAAGGCCGGCUAUACGAUCGAUCGGUUGUACGAACUCACGAAAAUAGAUAAAUGGUUCCUACACAAGAUGAAAAACAUUAUCGACUAUUAUUUCAUUUUGGAGAAUACGGAUCACACGAAACUGUCGCACGACGUCUUGCUGCAUGCCAAACAAAUCGGCUUCUCGGACAAGCAGAUCGCAACGGUGGUGAAAAGUUCGGAGUUAGCGGUGAGAAUACAAAGGCAGGAGAGCAAUAUACGACCAAUGGUGAAACAGAUAGACACGGUAGCUGCAGAGUGGCCAGCCACUACGAAUUAUCUCUACCUGACAUACAAUGGUACUACGCACGACGUGGAAUUCCCAGGUGGAUACAUAAUGGUGAUAGGAUCCGGGGUAUAUCGAAUCGGAAGCUCGGUAGAAUUCGACUGGUGUGCCGUCAAUUGUUUAUGCGAACUGCGAAACUUGAAUAAAAAGACGAUCAUGGUGAACUACAAUCCGGAAACUGUUAGCACCGAUUACGAUAUGAGCGAUCGAUUGUACUUUGAGGAGAUAUCGUUCGAAGUCGUAAUGGAUAUUUACGAUCACGAAUGCCCAGAAGGAAUAAUUUUAUCGAUGGGCGGUCAAUUACCGAAUAACAUCGCUAUGGAUCUUCAUAGACAGCAAGCCAGGAUUCUCGGAACUUCGCCGGAAUCUGUGGACGGAGCAGAGAAUCGUUUCAAAUUUUCUCGCAUGUUGGACGGCAUUGGCAUUUCGCAACCCAGGUGGAAGGAAUUGACCAACUUAAAAUCUGCGAUCGAAUUUUGCGUGGAAGUCGAAUACCCGUGUUUGGUGCGUCCUUCUUACGUGUUGAGUGGCGCUGCGAUGAACGUGGCCUAUUCGAAUCACGAUCUCGAAUCGUAUUUGAAAAGCGCCAGCGAGGUGAACAAAGAGCAUCCGGUGGUUAUAUCGAAGUUUAUACUCGGAGCGAAGGAGAUCGACGUGGACGCGGUUGCCUAUGACGGGAUUAUUCUCUGUAUGGCCGUAUCGGAGCACGUGGAAAACGCGGGUGUCCAUUCGGGCGAUGCGACCCUAGUCACUCCACCGCAGGAUAUCAACACGGAGACAUUGACGAAAAUCAAAAUGAUGUCCAAGGCCAUUGCCGCGUCCCUCAGCGUCACUGGGCCCUUUAACAUGCAAUUGAUCGCAAAGGACAAUGAGUUGAAAGUGAUCGAGUGCAACGUCAGGGUGUCUAGGUCUUUCCCUUUCGUGUCGAAGACAUUGGAUUAUAAUUUCGUAGCUAUGGCCACUCGAGUGAUCGUUGGAGAGACCGUAGAUCCAGUAGACGUACUUGCCGGAUGUGGCAAAGUUGGCGUUAAAGUACCGCAAUUUUCCUUUUCGCGACUCGCUGGUGCCGAUGUGAUGUUGGGUGUCGAGAUGGUAUCCACGGGGGAGGUUGCUUGUUUCGGAGACAAUCGGUACGAGGCUUAUUUGAAAGGAAUGAUGAGUACGGGUUUCCAUAUACCGCAGAAAGGCAUUUUGCUCUCGAUAGGAAGUUUCAAGCAUAAAAUGGAAUUGUUACCGUCCAUUUACAGCCUUUACGAGAUGGGUUACAAAUUAUACGCUAGCAUGGGGACCGCAGAUUUCUAUACAGAACACGGAGUAGAGGUGGAACCGGUACAAUGGACAUUCGAGAAUAUUAGCGUGAACGAAGAUUCCAGCCCGACCGAGCUUCGACAUUUGGCCGAUUUCCUUUCGAAGAAACAAUUCGAUCUCGUGAUUAAUUUGCCGAUGAGAAAUGGCGGUGCGCGUCGAGUUUCCAACUUCAUGACACACGGAUAUCGCACGAGGAGACUCGCCGUCGAUUAUUCCGUACCCUUAAUCACGGAUGUCAAAUGCGCCAAAUUACUCGUCGAAGCAAUGAGAAUGCUCGGCGGGCGUGCACCUCGUAUGAAAACUCAUACGGAUUGCAUGUCAUCGCGGACGAUGAUCAAGCUUCCUGGUUUGAUCGAUAUACACGUACACACGCGUGAUCCUGGCAGAACCGAUAAGGAAGAUUUUGCCUCUUGUACCUCCGCUGCUCUUGCCGGAGGUAUCACGAUGAUUUUCGCCAUGCCCAACACUCACCCACCCGUUAUCGAUCAUCAAUCGUUCGCUCAGGCCAAGGAGCGCGCUCUGUCAAACGCCAGAUGCGAUUACGCGCUUUACGUUGGCGCUUCGUCGGAUAAUUACAACACAACAGCUGAAUUAGCUCCGUUAGCGGCAGGUCUAAAGAUGUAUCUUAACGAGACGUUCACGACGCUUAAAUUAAUCGAUCUCACUAUCUGGAUUAAGCACUUUCAAAGUUGGCCCAAAAAAUACCCUAUCUGUGUCCAUGCCGAGCGGCAAACAACUGCCGCGAUUCUUUUCUUGGCCGGUUUACAUAACAGACCUAUUCACGUGUGUCACGUAGCGCGGAAGGAUGAGAUUCAAAUUAUACGCGCGGCCAAGGAAAAAGGAAUGGCUGUCACUUGCGAGGUAUGUCCUCACCAUUUGUUUCUCUGCGAAAAAGAUCUUCCUCGUAUAGGAACUGGAUGGGGUCAAGUGAGACCAGUUUUGGGUACGAAGGAAGAUCAGCAAGCCCUUUGGGAAAAUAUGGAUAUAAUCGAUUGUUUCGCAACGGAUCAUGCACCGCACACUGUGCAGGAGAAAUCCAGCGAGAACCCACCACCCGGAUUCCCAGGACUCGAAACCAUGCUUCCGCUUUUAUUGACCGCUGUUCACGAGGGAAAAUUAACGAUAGAGGAUAUAAUAAACAAGCUCUAUAGGAAUCCGAAAAGAAUUUUCAACGUGCCAGACCAGUCCAACACCUACAUCGAGGUCGAUCUCGAUGACGAAUGGGUAAUUCCAGAGGCGAUGCCAUUCAGCAAAUCCAAAUGGACUCCCUUCGCCGGAAUGAAAGUUCGCGGAUCGGUUCAUCGCGUGGUACUUAGAGGAGAAGUUGCCUACGUCGAAGGACAAGUUCUGGUAAACCCUGGUUUCGGCCAAGACAUCAGAGAGGUACAGGCAAAGAUGAAACUUUCAACGAUUACGAAUGCUCCGACCGUUGACGUAACCAGUCGACCAAGUUCCGCAUUGGACGGUCUUUUGUCGCCAAAUUACGAAAAGUUCAACAAUUACACCGAACGAGUAAUGGACAUGUCGGAAGAAGAGCAGAACGAGCCAUACACGAACCUGUUGCAAUCGGUGUCGCACAAGUCGAACGUUCACUUCGCUGCGGACCUGGAUUCACGCGAGCACUCGAAAAUUCCGAUUCAACAGCGUACCGUUUCGCCUCUUCCCAUCAGCAACGCGAGCAAGCACAAGAGCGACAGCAAUACGAAUCUGCUGUUGACAUCGGCGCCAUCGGUUCCCUCGGUUCACACUAGUCAGAAUUUAGUCGGGCACAACGUUUUGACAGUGGAUGUCUUCAAUAAAGAACUGCUGAAAGACAUCUUUAACGUCGCGGAAAUUUUUCGCAAUGCCGUUAGAAAAGAACGGUUGAUAGACCAUAUUUUACGGGGAAAAGUGAUGGCGUCGAUCUUCUACGAGGUUAGCACGAGAACCUCGUGCAGUUUCGCGGCUGCGAUGGAGCGACUCGGAGGCCGAGUGAUAUACAUGGACGGUACGACGUCGUCGGUGAAAAAGGGAGAAACCUUGGAAGAUUCGGUAGCGGUGAUGGCUGGUUACGCCGACGUGGUGGUACUUCGACAUCCUGAACCUGGCGCCGUAUCGAGGGCUGCUCAACACUGUCGGAAGCCUUUACUGAACGCCGGCGAUGGUGUUGGAGAACACCCGACGCAAUCGUUGCUCGAUAUUUUUACGAUAAGAGACGAGAUUGGUACCGUAAACGGUUUGACGAUUACCAUGAUCGGAGAUUUGAAACAUGGCAGAACAGUCCAUUCUCUCGCAAGAUUGUUAACUUUGUACAACGUUGAACUACGUUACGUGUGUCCUCCUGGCCUCGGCAUGCCUGACCAUGUAGUGAAAUACGUGUCUGAACGUGGAAUACCACAGGAGAAAUUUACCACCCUCGAGGAAGACGUUCUUUACAUGACGCGAAUUCAAAAAGAACGUUUCACCAAUCAAGAGGAGUAUCGGCAAGUUUGCGGACAUUUCGUUAUAACGCCGCAGUUAAUGUCUCGUGCGAAGAGGAAGAUGGUGGUGAUGCAUCCGUUGCCACGAGUAUUCGAGAUCAGUCCGGAAUUCGACACGGAUCCGCGUGCGGCAUACUUCCGGCAAGCUGAAAAUGGUGUCUACGUACGAAUGGCGCUCUUGGCAAUGGUCCUUGGACGUGUGUGACACAUCCGAGGAUGCGCGACAAGCUCGGCUUAUGGGUCAAGAUCGAUCUGAUCUUGUUUAACACGUUCCGUGCCGAAUCGAUUUUCCGAUACUUUCCGUUCAUGCCGCAUGCGGCGUAUACGCCCCGCGCUAUUACGAUUGACAGUUUUGUCUCUGACGUAUGCCUUACGAUAUUUAUAAUAGUGAAAAAAAUAUAAUUAGGAAAGAAAGGAUGUAAAGUUUAAGAUGCCUUAGACGACAAAACAACGGACCAUGUACUGUACAUGAUGUUGCAACAAGAUAAAGAGAAUUCUUCCUUUUACAAUGAGAAUUCAAAGGGCUUGAACGGAAAGCUGAGCGGAAAGAACGAAAAGCGCACGCAGCACGGAACCUGUUCAUAGUAUAUACAAUAACGUACACGUAUAGAAAAGAGGAGACACGUUCCUGAUUCCAUUUCCAAUUAGACUGUGCGAUUUACAUGAUUAUCGCUUUAUCGUAGAUCGAAGAGGUAUUAAAACGUUGAGACAUUCUCUUUGUAGACGAAUAAGGAGCCAGACAUUAUAUUCGUCGAAAUUCACCGACAAAGGGAAUGU